UGUUAUUGCAUAUACAUUUUCUUGAUUUCCUUUUGUUUUUUUAGGUCAAUGAUUUACAUUCCUUAUUAACAAGAAAUUCCUUUUUCGUAAGAUAUUCACAUAAACGUACAUAUGUAAAUAAUAUAAGGACGAGCAAAUCAAGAUCGAAGAGAGACAAGGAGUAAACAAGAUGUCUUCUUCAUCGAUUAGUCUCCAAAUCAUAUUUUGGCUUCUAAUAAUUUCCCCUCUCGCUUUCUCCAGAAUCCUUCAUACAACAAACCAAACACUCAUCUUCCCUCUAACAACCCAAAACACUUCUUCAUCCUUACUCUUCGAACGAAGUCGUCUAGUUUCUUCUCCACCCAUCAAGGUUCCUUUCACACACGAUGUCACACUCACCGUCUCUCUCACCGCCGGUUCACCUCCUCAAACCAUCCAGAUGGUUCUCGACACCGGAAGCGAGCUCUCAUGGCUAAAGUGCAAACAAUCCACAUCAUCAACCUCCAUAUACAACCACGUGAAGUCAUCUUCCUACUCUGCUAUCCCAUGUUCGUCUCCCGUUUGCACCAUCCAAACCCAAGAUUUCUCCCUUCCAGCCUCGUGUGACAAGAAGACUAAUCUCUGCCACGUGGCUGCCUCCUACGCCGAUGGUUCCUCCGUGGAGGGUAACCUCGCUCAAGAUACGUUUACAAUCGGCUCGUCGACGAGACGUGCUACGUCGUUCGGGUGCAUUGACGUGAUAUCAAGCACGAGACCAGAGGAAGACGCUAAAACCACCGGUUUAAUGGGAAUGAAUCGUGGCCGGUUAUCGUUUGUUAACCAAAUGGGUUUAUCUAAAUUCUCUUAUUGUAUAUCCGGUUCUGACUCUACCGGUGUUUUGGUUCUCGGUGAAUCGAGUUUCCCUUCGCUCCCACCUCUUAAAUACACGCCUUUGGUUAAUCUAACCGAUCGGUUACCUUAUACCGACCGGUUCGCGUAUACGGUCAACUUCGAAGGGAUUCGGGUCGGGUCAAAACUGCUACCCAUCCCUAGAUCCGAUCUUAUUCGUGGUCAAUCCGGAACGGGUCAGACGAUGUUGGAUUCCGGUACACAGUUCACAUUCCUGCGAUCUCCGGUUUACAAAAUCCUGAAAACCGAAUUUACAGAACAAACCAAAUCGGUUCUCACCGUUGACCCGAGUAUCGUGUUUGAAGCCGGAAUGGAUCUCUGUUUCCGGGUCGGAUCAACACAGCUUGAUUUUUCAAAAUUGCCUGCGGUGACGCUGAUGUUCAACGGAGGCGCAGAGCUGACCGUGUCGGGUCAGAAGCUGUUGUACCCGGUACCCGGAUCCGGAUCGAAGAAGAAGUAUUGCUUCACAUUCGCCAACUCGGAACCUGCGGGUAUUGAAGCGUUUAUAAUAGGGAACCAUCAUCAACAAAACGUGUGGGUUGAGUAUGAUCUUGCUCAUAAAAAGAUUGGUCUUGCUAAUGACGUCAAGUGUGAUCAUGCGAGUCAACAACUUCUUGCAUCGCGACGAGUUUGAAUACUUUUGUUUUUAAAAAAAAUUAUAUAUGGGACAUGCAUGUUUCAUUGGAUUCUUAAUUAUACGUAUUUUAAAAAGUUUUGUUUUCACUAAUCAUUUGUUAAACUUAA